AUCAAAAACAAUGAAAAUCAAUACAAACGUCUCUUAAUUAAGAAGUUUUUUCCUCCGUCCUUAAGUGCCAUGUGGCAGCUGCAGAUUAGGUGUCCAAAUCGAGUAGGGGAAAAUUGCGGCUCUCCCGAAUCUACUUUGUUUGGAUUUUUUCGUGAACAGCAACCGCAAAUCAUACGCCGUCACGGCGGUCGGCGAUGUGGUUCGAACCACGCUCGGGCCGCGAGGGAUGGACAAGCUCAUCCACGACGAUAAGGGAUCCGUCAUCAUUUCCAACGACGGCGCUACCAUCAUGAAGCUCCUCGACAUUGUUCAUCCCACAGCUAAGAUCCUCGUCGAUAUCGCCAAAUCUCAAGACUCAGAGGUAGGUGAUGGGACGACUACAGUUGUUCUUCUUGCAGCUGAGUUUUUGAAGGAGGCUAAGCCGUUUGUUGAGGAUGGUGUUCACUCUCAGAAUCUGAUUAGGAGUUAUCGUACUGCGAGCACUUUGGCAAUUGAGAAAGUUAAAGAACUCGCUGUUAGUAUUGAGGGGAAGAGUGUGGAGGAAAAGAAAGGUCUGUUGGCUAAAUGUGCUGCUACUACUCUUUCCUCUAAGCUUAUUGGUGGGAGAGAAUGAGUUUUUUGCUACUAUGGUUGUUGAUGAUGUUAUGGCUACUGGGAAUGACGACAGGCUGAAUUUGAUUGGGAUUAAAAAGGUAAAAGACUUUUAUCUUUUUAAAGCUUUUUUAAUUGGCUUUGCAUUGGAGUUAAGUUAUUUUCUUAUUCACUAUGUCCAAACUUGUGUUAUCUUCUGUUUAUCCGGCAAAUCAAACUCUGGCCAUUGAUGAUUUUACAUGGCUUUGUCAAAUUCCAAAUUCCAAUAGGAUAGCACGUACAUUAUUUCUAUGCUUCAUUCCACUACUAUGGUUGUUGAUGCUGUUAUGGUUUACUCUGCAUGUUCCUGGAGGUAACAUGCGAGACUCUUUCCUAGUUGAUGGUUUUGCUGGUUUUGAACAACAGCCAAAGAAGUUUCUAAAUCUCAAUAUCCUCCUGCUUAACAUCAAAUUGGAGUUGAAAUCUGAGAAAGAAAACACUGAGAUUAGGUUGGCAUUAUAAUUUCAAGUUUUUUUUUGUAAGGUUUUUGGCAACUUUGUAAUUUUCUUAUGUUUUCAAUUUAAAUGUUAUAUGUUUUCUUAAA